ACCUCUUGAAGGUUCGCGUCAACCCGCGACUUACGAGUUCGUCAUAAAUGCUUGGUCUUGCUGUUGAUGGGUUUUCUGGGGUCUCAGCUAACGGGCGUACGGGGCUUGUAACAUUCUGUAUACUGCUUCUGGCAUGGGUUGUUGGAUUUACUAUACGUCUUUUCUCAGUUAUACGUUUUGAAAGUGUCAUCCAUGAGUUCGAUCCUUGGUUUAAUUACCGAGCCACCAAGCAGAUGGUCGAAAAUAGUUUCGAGAACUUUUACAAUUGGUUUGACAGCACUGCGUGGUACCCACUUGGGAGGAUUGUUGGAGGCACUGUCUAUCCUGGUUUAAUGGUUACUUCAGGUUUUAUUCACUACAUGUGUCACCUUUUGAGUUUUCCGGUUCACAUUCGUGAAGUUUGUGUUUUCCUCGCCCCUGUAUUCAGUGGCAUGACUGCCAUUGCGACUUAUUUUUUCACGAAGGAAAUAUGGAAUGAAGGAGCGGGUUUGUUUGCUGCUUGCUUCAUCGCCAUCGCUCCCGGAUAUAUAAGUCGUUCAACCGCCGGCAGUUAUGAUAAUGAGGGAAUCGCAAUUUUCGCACUGAUGUUUACGUACUACUUGUGGAUUAAAGCUGUCAAAACAGGAAAAGUUCUUUGGGCCGCGUUUUGUGCUGUUGCAUAUUUUUACAUGGUAUCUGCUUGGGGUGGUUAUGUGUUCAUUAUAAACCUCAUUCCAUUACACAUUUUUGUACUACUAAUCAUGCAGAGAUAUAGCGCGAAACUGUACGUGGCUUACACAACCUUCUUCAUCUUGGGUUUAAUAAUGUCGAUGCAAAUACCAUUUGUUGGUUUUCAACCACUACGCACUAGUGAACAUAUGGCAUCAAUAGGAGUGUUCGCACUUCUUCAAGUUGUUGCUUUUUUCAAAUAUCUACAAACCCGUGUUCCCUCUGAUACGCUGAAGCAAUUAUUUACAUUUGGUGCCAUUUUUUCUGCUGGAGUUAUAUUUGUUGUUGUAGUUGGGCUAACAUAUGCUGGUGUUAUUGCACCAUGGAGUGGCAGGUUUUAUUCUCUAUGGGAUACUGGUUAUGCUAAGAUACAUAUUCCAAUUAUAACAUCCGUUUCUGAGCAUCAACCAACUUCAUGGGCAUCUUUCUUUUUUGAUCUUCAUGUAUUAAUUGCUACAUUUCCAGCUGGUGUUAGACUUUGCUUUAACAAUUUAAAUGAUGAACGUGUUUUUGUUAUUCUCUAUGCAAUAUUUGCAUCAUAUUUUGCUGGUGUUAUGGUUCGUCUUAUGCUUACAUUAACACCAAUUGUAUGUGUGUUUUCUGCUAUUGCAUUUUCACGUGUCUUUGAAUUAUUCUUAAAUGAACAAGAUAAUGAAAUUAAUGUUGCGACAAAUCAAUCUAAUAAUGAACAGAAUUCUGUUGAUAAACGUUUGUAUGAUAAACCGAACAAGGCAAAUAAAAAGGUGAACUAUCCUAGUCAAGACACGCCAACAAGUACCACCAUUGGUAGUCAGUCAAAGCAACAAUCAUCAGGAAACAAUGGGAGUAAUAUGCGUGCAGUCGCCUACGUUUUGAUUAUAUUCAUUCUAUAUCUGUUUGUUUCACAUUGUGUUUGGGUGUCAUCUAAUGCUUAUUCAAGCCCGUCUAUUGUAUUGGCUUCAUAUGGUAAAGAUGGAUCUCGAUAUAUCCUGGAUGAUUUCCGUGAGGCUUAUUUCUGGUUAUGGCAAAAUACAAAAGAAAAUGCUCGAGUUAUGUCAUGGUGGGAUUAUGGAUAUCAAAUAGCAGGAAUGGGUAACCGCACUACUCUAGUUGAUAAUAACACAUGGAAUAAUAGUCAUAUCGCAUUAGUUGGUAAAGCUAUGGCAUCAAAUGAAUCAGAAGCCUAUAAAACUAUUCAAAGUUUAGAUGUGGAUUACGUGCUGGUCAUAUUCGGUGGUUACAUUGGUUACAGUGGUGAUGAUAUUAAUAAAUUCUUAUGGAUGGUGCGUAUUGGUGGCGGUGAACAUCCUAAUGAAAUUCGUGAAAGAGACUUUCUAACUUCAACAGGUGAUUAUCGUAUAGAUAAAAGUGCUUCUGAGACGAUGCUUAAUUGUUUAAUGUAUAAAUUAAGCUAUUAUCGGUUUGGUGAAGUUCGUUUAGAUAUGCGAACACCACUUGGAUUUGAUCGUACUAGAGGAUCUGAAAUUGGUCGUAAAAUUUUGAAUUAGAUUACCUAGAGGAAGCUUUUACAUCGAAACAUUGGCUUGUAAGAAUUUAUCGUGUACUACCUCCUGAAAAUCUACCACAUCUAUCGCGUACACGUCGUCGGAUUCACCAUCGAGCUUCAGGGAAAUCUCGUCUGAAUAACCGUGGCCGACUCAAUACACCUAGUAAAGGUUCAUCCAAACAUUUCACUUAACAUAUUUCCUGGUAUGUUUCAUUAUUUACAUUUAUUAAGUAUCGCGAAUUAGACGAUUCUCUAGUUAAAUGGCUAUCGAUUAUUAGGGAACUGAAAAGUGAUUAUUUUCAAAAUCACAAUCUCGAUUGAUGCUAAAUCAUUUAUUGUAUUCAGUUACUGUCAUUUGACUAGUUAACAUCUUUUAAUGCAACAUAGUUUACUGAUUAAGUUUCCAAUGUAAAGCUUUAUAGUGAAACGUAUAGAAUGAAUCCCAUUAAUAGAUAUAUUGCUCUUUCCAAUAAAUACACAAACUGAGCUACCAAUCAUUAUGUACUUAAGCAUUAACUACCUUAAAGUUAGUCAGAUAUAAAUGUUCUGGCUUUUUUUCCACUCAUUAAUAAAGAAAGUUUAAAUAUCUUUACUUUGUCUAAUUAAUGAACAAACUGAGAUCAUGAAAAUUAUAUUUUACGAAAUUUAGAACAUCAAUAGUUGAGAUCAUGAGUCGAUUGAAGCUAGACCCCCAUGGAAAACCUGGAAGCACUGGACGGCCGAUUCGUCAUAGUAUGGAGCUCCUCAGCAGUACGCAUCCACGAUCUCGCCUCGCGAGACUCAAACCCAGGACUUAUUAGUUUUGCGCGCGAGCGCUUAACCUCUAAACCACUGAACUUGCCGGCAUCGAAUGUUGUUAAUGUCUAAUUUCAACUAAUCCACGAAAUCGAUCGACAGAUCUACCAUUUUCUUCAGUGAGUUACUAUCUCACAACAGACCCGGUUGAACUCCACUGGCGGUGGGAUCGUGAUGCGCACUGCUGAGGAAUUCCACAAUAGGUUUUUCCGUGGUGGUCCAGCUUCAAUUGACUCAUAAUCUCAACUAUUGAAAUUACUAUAAUAUGCACGAAAACCCCUUCUGGUAUUAGAUUUCGAAUAAUUGAAUCAACACACUAGAUCAUUUUACUCAUCAUACAUUACGUUUUACAAUUUACUUUUGUUCAACGAAAUACAAAAUGGACUACAUGGUAAAAUAAUGAAAUGUAUUAACUCAAAUAGAGAAAUUAUUAUGAAGAGAAUAAAAAUCUUAAACUUUGUAAAAAGCUUUUAUGAUAUCAGUUAACAUCCCAUAACCACACUUAAUUAGUAAAAAAAAACGAAUAGAUGCUACCCAACUACUGAGACGGUAGUAGUUGUAUCAAGGUUCUAAAUUGGAACAUUAUUGGUUCAGAAUCAAAUUAAUUAACGGUUAUACUAAGCAUUCAGUAAAUUCUUACUAUUGAGAACAUAUCCUUUUUUAAAAUCGUAGUAUGCAUGAAACUCACGUAAGUUAUAGAAGUGAUUACUUCAAUAUGCUACUCAUAUUACAUAAUAGUUUCAUCUCAUAACUAUACCAUCUGCUCUCAUUCAUAUUUAAAUAAGAUCACUAUCGAAUAUGAGGAAAAGUACGAAAACAAUGAUCUAACAUAUAAACUAAGCUCAGUAGAAACAACAAAGUGAAACGAUUGUCCACAUAACCUGUAUACAUUUGCAUAUACUAUACUAUAUACUACAUAAAAUUAACUUUUAAUUGUUUAAUCGAUUUCUUGUUCUCUUACAGGUUAUACUACAUCUAAUUAAUUUUGUUCAAUAUUCAUUCUCCAUAUUUUGUUUUCUGAUUGUUCUCUCAUAUAUCAUUUGUGUAUAAAAACCAUGUUUGUUUUGGAUAAGAAUUUAUAGAGAAACUAUCGAGUGGUAUAUCAUUAUGCAUGUAUCGUGUAAAAAAGGGUCAAAAAAUGACCUGUGUUUAAUAACCGAUGCAUAAACUGUGAUCUUGUUUGAUUUUGUUUGAUCGAAUUCUUCUUCCAGUCUGUUCCUUUAAGGUUUUUUUCUUGGUUCUCUUGUUUUCUGUUAAUCUAUUGUAUUUUGAUGUAACUAUUAGCUUCGUCGAAUUCUUCGACAUCGCUUUCAAAUAAAUUUGUUUUGAUAUCA